AUGACAGACAAAGACCAGACCCCAGGAUCUCUUCUUUUGGCCUGGCAGGUCAAAGAUAAGCACUGCCUCGUCAUCGGCGGCGGCGACGUCGGGCUCAGCAGAGUGGAUCAUAUGAUCCGGGCCAAUGCGAAAAUCACCGUGGUCACGGGCGACAAAACUCACCCGGACUUGCUCGAAAGACACCGGGCAGGAAAAUUAUAUAGCCUCAUUCAGCGGGCCUACGAGCCGCUGGACUUAACUAUGUAUGAGACAGAGCCAUCCUUUGCUGUCGACUCGUAUAAAGACAUCACCGCGGCCCACUACGCGGCCAUCAAUGAGCUCGUUUCCAACGAGCACUUUGCAUGUGUGUGCUGCUGCAUCGAUGACCCCGUGCUCUCCGCGGCUAUCUACUACCAAUGUAAGUAUUUGCGGAUUCCUGUUAACAUCGCGGACAAGCCGCCCAUGUGCGACUUCUACUUCGGGCUGAUGUUCAACCAAGACGCGUUGCAGAUCAUGAUCAGCACCAACGGCAAGUCGCCUCGUCUCCUGAAAAUGAUCAAGGACGACAUUCUGAAGAAGUUCUCCAACAUCCGGCUCAACGAUGCGGUCGACAACUUGGGUGCCAUCCGUGCCAGGCUCCGCGAGAAGAAGGUGCCGGACACAGACCUUGCCUCCAUCGAUGCACGCAUGCUGUGGAUCAAGCUCGUGCUCGAGUUGCCCACGGGCGCCUUGGACAAGAUCAUUGAGCCGUACCCUGAAUUUCCGCCCAAAGACUAUGAGGAGUUCAAGAAGUAUAUUGCUUGA